CGAGACGACGACGAGCCGAUGCUGCAGGACAACGAGGACAGGUUCUGCCUCUUCCCCAUCAAAGAGCACGCGGUGUGGAAGAUGUACAAGCAGGCGGAGGCGUCAUUCUGGAGCGCGGAGGAGAUCGACCUCUCCAUGGACUACAAGGACUGGGUGACGCUGAACGACAACGAGCAGCACUUCAUCUCGCACGUCCUCGCGUUCUUCGCGGCGUCUGACGGGAUCGUGCUCGAGAACCUAGGCCUCCGGUUCAUGAAGGACGUCCAGCUGCCGGAGGCUCGGGCGUUCUACGCGUUUCAGCUCGCCAUCGAGAACAUCCACUCGGAGACGUACGGGUUGCUCAUCGACACCUACGUCAAGGACAGCGUGAAGAAGAGGCACCUGUUCAGGGCCAUUCACAACGUGCCCACGGUGGCGCGCAAGGCGCAGUGGGCCCUCAAGUGGAUCCAGUCCUCGGAGUGUUUCGCCGAGCGACUGGUGGCGUUCGCGUGCGUGGAGGGCAUCUUCUUCUCCGGAUCGUUUUGCGCAAUCUUCUGGCUCAAGAAGCGCGGGCUCAUGCGCGGGCUCACCUUCUCCAACGAGCUCAUCUCCAGGGACGAGGGCCUCCACUGCGACUUCGCCUGCCUCCUCUACUCCAUGCUCAAGCACCCUCUCGAUCCCGCGCGGCUGCAGGAGAUCGUCAAGGAUGCGGUGGACAUCGAGAAGGAGUUUGUGUGCGAUGCUCUGUCGUGCGCGCUCGUGGGCAUGAACGCGGAUCUCAUGUCCGAGUACAUCGAGUUUGUCGCGGACCGCCUGAUGACGCAGCUCGGCGUGGAGAAGGUGUGGAACACCCCCAACCCGUUCGAGUGGAUGGAGAUGAUAUCGCUCCAGGGCAAGGCGAACUUCUUCGAGCACCGGGUGGACCAGUAUCAGAAGGCUAACGUGAUGACCAGCGUGCAGGGCAAGUGCGACGGGUUUGAGAAUUACGUCUUCAGGACAGACCUCGACUUCUAAAUAUAGUCCAACGGCGACGCUCUUCGUAAUACGAUUCGAAACGAUUGUAG